UUGUUGAUUAAUUUGUCUUCCAGGGCAUAUUUAUGCAAUUACUGCCUUGCCAGUUGUUGUAGUGCUCUGAAGAACUUCAGUGGGUGUUUCCAAGUAAAUGAGGACCGUUGAAGUGGGUUCGUGAUUGUAAAUUAGGUUAAUUUUGUAUAGUGCUUAAGUAAAAGUAAUGAGUUCUCGGCAUCGCGAUAGGAGCCGUUCUCGAUCUCGUGAUCGUGAGCGGCACAAGGAGCGCGACCGGGACAAGGGUCGGGACCGGGAUCGGGACCGAGAGCGUGACCGGGAUAAAGAUCGAGACCGUGACCGCGAUAGAGACCGCGGGCGGGACCGGGACAGGGACCGCCACCGCUCUAAGAGAGACAAGGAGGACCGAGGGCGUAGCCGUGACAGGCACAAGGACAAACGCCGAAGUCGGAGCCGGAGUCAUAGCCGUGGACGGAAGUCCAAAGAUAGGGAUGGAACCAUAGCCCUCCUGGACCAGAUGGUGGGCACCACAACAAAGGCGACAGCACGGGCAGUGGCCGGCAACGGUGUAGCUAACCCUGCAGCGCACGCUGCCAUCCUUGCUGCAGCAGCUGUUGCCCAGACAUUCGUGGCGCAGCGCCGCAUGGCGGCCCCCGUCCAGCCGGCAGCGGCGGCGGCGGCGGCCCUGUCUGCCGCCACCGCCAUCCCGCUGCCGACCUCCGUGCAGCAGAAGCUCGAGCAGCUGCAGGCGCGCUCCGAGGGCAGAUACAGGGACAAGCCCCCGCCCCCGCAGGACUACCACCCCGAUGACGACACCGACGACGGCCAGGGGCCGCCGGGCGAGACGGCGGCGGAGCGGCGCCUGCGGCGGCGGCGCACGCGCUGGACGGGCGGCGCGCACGACAAGACCUUCAUCCCCGGCCUGCCCACCGCGCUGCCCUCCACGCUCACGCCGCAGCAGGAGGAGCAGUAUCUACUGCAGCUGCAGAUCGAGGAGGUGUCGCGCAAGCUGCGCUCCGGCGACCUCGGCAUCCCGGCCAACAUCGACGACAGGUCGCCGUCCCCCGAGCCGAUCUACUCCACCGACGGCAAGCGGCUGAACACCCGCGAGUACCGCACCAGGCGCAAGCUGGAGGAGGAGAGGCACCGGCUCGUCACCAGAAUGCAGACCAUCAACCCCGACUUCAAGCCCCCUCCGGACUACAAGCCACCAAUAAUCCGCGUGCACGACAAAGUGAUGAUCCCCCAAGAGGAGCACCCCGACAUCAACUUCGUGGGGCUCCUGAUCGGGCCCCGAGGGAACACGCUCAAGGCCAUGGAGAAGGAGACGGGCGCCAAGAUCAUCAUCAGGGGCAAGGGGUCCGUCAAGGAGGGCAAGGUCGGUCGCAAGGACGGGCAGCCCCUGCCGGGCGAGGACGAGCCCCUGCACGCGUACAUCACGGCCGCCAGCGCAGAGUGCGUCAAGAAGGCUCUUGACAAGAUCAAGGAGGUCAUUCGACAAGGCGUUGAGGUCCCGGAAGGGCAGAACGACCUGCGCCGCAUGCAGCUGCGCGAGCUCGCGCAACUGAACGGCACGCUGCGCGAGUCCGACGCGCCGCGCUGCGCCAACUGCUCCGCCAUAGACCACAAGACCUGGCUGUGCCCGGACAAGCCCAACGUCACGUCGGCGGUCGUGUGCUCCGCGUGCGGGGGCGCCGGACACAUCGCCAGGGACUGCCGGGCCCGCCGGCCCGGGCACACGCCAACCUCCAUGCCUAACAAGGCUAAGAUCGACGAAGAGUACAUGUCUCUAAUGGCGGAGUUGGGCGAGGCGCCGCCGCCGGGCAGCAACAACACCGGCGGCGGGGGAGGGGGAGGCAACAACGCUCGACGUUUCGGCGGCGGCCUGUUCCACCAGGCGCCGCCCGCGCGCGCGCUCAUGGCUCCACCGCCACAAGGAAAUAUCCCCGCGUCGCUGCCGCCGCCGCCGACCGCGUACCCGCCGCCGCCGCCGCCGCCACACGCCGCGCCGUGGCUCGGCGUGGCCAACAACCAGCCGCCGCCGCCGGGGCUGCCGCCCGCCUUCCCGCCGCCGCCGCCGCCGCAGCACCACCAGGGUGACAAGAUGGGUCCCGGUCCCGGCCCCAUGCAACACAUGGCGCCGCCGCCGCCGCCACCUGGUAUGAUGGGCAUCCCCCCGCCGGGCAUGGGCCCGCCGCCGGGCGCGGGCGGGUGGCGGGGCGGGGGAGGGGGAUAUAACACAAUUUACAAUCCCGAGCGUAACAAGGGAUUCCAAAGUGAAUUCUACGCGUAG